CUAGUGCGCGUCUCUUUGGAGGUCUGUGACAUGAAAUUGUUUGGGAAGCCCUGCACUGAGCGACCAUGUGGGCGUGUUUCUCUCGGCCCAACAGUCUCCGCUCUUGUGUGGAGUCCAGAGCGCAAAACGCACUUCUUCUGGUGCGACCGGAGUGCGCAAAAGUAGCAGUUCUCCGACCCUGACGCGCACACCAUCUCCGUCUCCGGCGGCCCCCUCGAAUCCAACUCCACUGAGCGGGAAAAAAUAAUUUCCUUAACAUCUCCCGGUGACUCUUCCAGCCAUGGACGCAUCUCGACUCGUAACGCUAUAUCUGGGCCUGCUGCUUGCUUUCCUUGGGAAUAUACCGUGUUUCCAGUCUGCUGCUAUCAUCUCUCCCUCUGCGCCGAGGAGAAACAGAGGAGCCCGGAUCUCGCAUCGGGACGGACAAAGGUCAUCCAAAAUCCUAAAAGACAUCUUCGCGUCCACGCACCCCAUCGCGGGCCAUCACAAAGAAGACCUAAAGGACGCUAUUGUGCCGCAUGAAUACAUGCUCUCUAUAUACAGGACAUACUCGGCUGCAGAGAAGCUCGGACUAAACGCAAGCUUUUUCCGCUCCUCUAAAUCUGCCAACACCAUAACAAGUUUUGUGGACAGAGGAACAGACGAUCUUUUGCACUCUCCUCUGCGAAGACAAAAGUAUCUGUUUGAUGUCUCAACCCUUUCAGACAAAGAGGAGCUGGUCGGGGCGGAAUUAAGGAUAUUUAGGAGAGCGCCCGGGGAUUUGCAGACUUCCCUGCAGACGACGGGCCUCUACGACAUCCAGCUCUACCCCUGCCGCUCUGACAGACUCCUGGACUCCAGGUCCCUGGACCCUCUGGACUCCACCAAGGCCGGCUGGGAAGUUUUGGACGCAUGGGAAAUGUUUAAAGCACACCAGCAUCACUAUCAUCACCCCCAUCACCACUAUCACCAUCACUAUCAGCAGGGGAACCAGCUUUGCUUCCAGCUCCGCGUCACUCUGCGCAAAACCAACACCGAGGUGGACCUGAGGCAGCUGGGGCUGGACAGGAGCACCCGGUCCCAGCAGGAGAAGGCCAUCCUGGUGGCCUACACGCGCUCCAAGAAGAGGGAGAACCUGUUCAACGAGAUGGAGGAGAAGAUCAAGUCGCGGAGGUCGGUGGGGGAGAAGGAGGAGGCGGUGGUGGUGGUGGGGAAGGCGGCGGAGGGGGAGGAGGGGGUGUCACUGAGGGGGGUGAGAGGCGAGGGGCCGCGGCGGCGGAGGAGGACCGCGCUCAGCAACCGGCACGGGAAGAGGCACGGGAAGAAAUCCAAAUCCAGGUGCAGCAAAAAGGCGCUACAUGUGAACUUCAAAGAGCUGGGCUGGGACGACUGGAUCAUCGCGCCUCUGGAUUACGAGGCGUACCACUGCGAGGGGGUGUGCGACUUCCCCCUGAGGUCGCACCUCGAGCCGACCAACCACGCCAUCAUACAGACGCUCAUGAACUCCAUGGACCCCAACAGCACCCCGCCCAGCUGCUGCGUCCCCACCAAACUCAGCCCCAUCAGCAUCCUGUACAUAGACUCAGGCAACAACGUGGUGUACAAACAGUACGAGGACAUGGUGGUGGAGCAGUGUGGGUGCAGGUAGCGCUCAUUAUAAUAAACUUUAAAAGACAGAUCAAAGAUGAUGGGUCCCAGGUUUUUGAAAGUCCUCACAGGUCUGGAAUGCUUUUACGCAUGACGCGCCGAUUCAAAAGGGAUGCACACAAAAGGCGGUUCCUGCUAUUUAUUCAGACUCACGAUAAUUCACACUCUCUGCCUUAACGCCUUUUAUUCCCAUCCACGCAACAAGUCAUCAAACAGGCUUUUGUUUCCCAGAGAUGGAGACGUGUCCAUAUGGCACAAGGAAAUGGGUACGCGGCGAGUUGGGAGCCUAUUACUGAGUCAGACUGUGCACCUGUUCGUGCCGAGGCCAGAGGACAGUGCCUGUCAGCGCUUUAUUGUUGCGAGCUGUGCCGUGUGAUCCUGCCAGCCCAGGCCGGACUCUUUUGGGUAUGUGCAUCCAGGCCGUAAUUGCCACCGUCCAGCUGGAGUCAUUACAGGCCCGAGCAAAGUGCCUGUUUUCCAAAUAAAAGGGGGUGAAUGUCUAAUCUACCAAACACACAUACACAGAAUGGUCUGAGGAGAGGAGAUAAGAUGGUGGUAAUGCCUUCAAGAGAUUUUUGCCUUAUUGGAGACCAGUUUAGAAGGAGAGGCGUCGUGGACAGAAAGGACACAAAUCCAGACUUGUGCCUGACCGGGGCCCUGUUGUAAAAAAGAAAGAAAGAAAGAAAGAAAGAAUGAAAGAAAGCACACAUUACUGAGGCGAACUUUUUGCUCAAAAGUCUGCAUCUUUACGAAAUGCACUUCCGCAACUGACUGCGCCAAGGACACGCAGUCAGCGACAGAGUUUGUCUUCUCUGAUGACGAAAAUAUAAGAAAAAGAAAAAAAGACUCGCAAACGAGACGAUAUUUAAAUGCACAUUAGCUUUGAAUGCACUGCUGUUCAUUAUUAUUUUCUUGAGCUGUAAAUAUUUGUACAGUGGAAAACUUUACAAAGUGCAACGAAUGAAGAAAUGAGAAAACGUCAUUUCUUUGUAAAUAUACAAAAUGCACUCAAAUCGGUAUAAUUUCUAUUCUAUAAUUAUUUUAUUAUUUGUGAUGUACAGAGUUUCAUGAUAAUCAUAUAUUUCUUACAUUGAUAAGAGUAAUUUAAGGUGUAUUCGAUAUUGUUCCUGCAGAGGGUGGAAAAUACCAUUAUUAAUGUCUACCUCAUAAUUGCAUAUAGGAUCUGAGUUUUGAGGUGCAUUCAGUUAGAGUGUAAAGAGCUUUUACAAUGAUAUAUAAGAUCAUUUAUAUACAUAUAUUACUGGAUAAUAUUCCACACCAUUACUGUACAAAUAAAAUUCAAAACAAAGUCCAACAGUCUGGUACUUCUGAUGAUUAAUGCAUUGAUUUCAUUUAUUUUUAAGUGUUUUUAAAAGAGUCUGACCUCCCUAAAAACAAUAAAAACGUUUCUUUAUGAGGGAAUUAGAGGCAGAGAA